GUCCUGGGUGUCUGUGCUCGUUGUCAUACGCGUAAGGUAAGACAGGCAGUAUGGCGGAAGAAGAGAGUGACCUGGAAUCAGAAAGGCUUAAAGAGGAAUUGGAGAGUUUGUUGGACGCUACCAGAAAUGACGAACCAGGGCUGAAAAGCAAAAAAUAUUGUUCUAAGUUUUGCGAGCUGGUGGAAGAACAUGCUGGACGAUGGCAGGUGCCGUUGCCUCAGCUGCAGGUGCUUCGGACGGCCCUCUGCUAUUUCACCCAUGGCACAGUCUCCUUCCCCAACGACUGUGAGCAUGUGCAGUACACCCUGGGCAGCCUUGCUCUGAGCUUUUUUGAACUCCUGCUGUUUUUUGGCAAGGAUGAAUUCUUGGAGGACCCUUUAAAAGACAUACUCGACUCUUUUCAGGACUGUUUUGCAAAUCUGGUGAGAUGUAACAAUGUUUACCUGUGGGUGGUGAACCAGAUAAUCCAAAAUGGUGGUCCAUGGGAGAAUUCAACAUUGCAGGCCAUCUUAAGGGAGUCUGUUCAGCUACCGGAUGAAGUCAGGAAGUAUUUGGACUCUGAAGAACCUAUUUUCUUUGAUUUGCGGGUGCGCUACCUGCUGGCCUGUGAUCGCAUUCAGGAGGCUGUGGCCCUAGCAAAGAGUUGCACGCAACAUCCGGAGAUGGGGAAGCACCUGUACUUUCACCAGGUCCACUUGACAUGUCUAUGGAAAACAUCACUACUCGAUCACCUUCAGAAAGAAAUGGCUGAGAUUGACGGGAGAGAUGCUGUCGAAAUACUCUGCAACACUGAAAAAGAGGAGAAGGAUGAUUUACUCCUGGAUUUCAGCAAAGUUUUCCUCACUCAGCAGCUGCAAAAUGGAGACAUGUACUACAUGUGGGACCUAAUUUUCAUAUGGAGCAAGCUUCACCUCAGGGCAAACCCUUCUAAAGAGAACUUUUUGGAAGAAUGCUAUCAACUGAUGCAGCGUGUGACUAAUGUCAAAUCUAUCUUUCCUUUUAUGAAAGUCAUCAGAGAUGAAAUGGGCAAUGAAGGCUUGCAGUUUUGUGUGGACCUUUGUGCACGUGCUCUUCAGAUGGACCUUCACCAUGACCUUGUCACCAAAUCACUAAUCUACAAGACCAUUGCUUACUUGUUGCCCAAUGAUCUAGAGGUCUGCAGAGCUUGUGCCCUUCUGGUGUUCUUCUUGGAACGUACUGUUGAGUCUUACAAGACUGUAUACCUUCUCUACACUCACCCCGACCAGGAAUAUCAUGUUGACUCCAGUUUAAUAAAAAACCAGAUUCGCUUUGAAAUUCUUCAGAUUUUAAAGAAGGGUUUGUUUUUUGAUCCAGAGUUUUGGAACCUUAUCACUUUGAGGACCAACUGCCUGAAGCUGAUGAGUGAAAAAGUUAUGAAAGCUGCUUUGAAUGAAAUUAUUGAAGAUGAUAAAUGGAUGCCACACUACUGUGUGAAAGAGCCAUACAAAUUGCAUUCAGAUGCUUUAGACUGCAAUACAAAUGAAGUAGUGAAACUACAUAGAAAACAUAGAAGCAAGCCUGAAGUCAGACUUGUCCCUGUUCCAGCUGAAGAAACUGCACCACCUCCAGCAAAGAAAAGGGGCAGGAAACCUGGGUCACGUGUCCAGAAUCUAGUUGGUGAAUGCCAGUUAAGACGGUCUUUCAGGCGGUUGGACAUGUCUCAAGAGAAUUCCAACAUGCAUGGUAGCAGGCAACAAAGGCACCUUGCCAGACAGGUAGAAAGGAAAACCUUGAAAUGCCGUGGCAGAAAACCACGCUGGCUGCUGCAGGACAUGGCCAGACAGACUGAGAAGAGCAUUUCUAGACGAAGCUAUUUUGGGAAGAAAAUGCAGCAUUUUCCCACAGAAAAGCUGUCUGAAUGUGCUACUGGUAAGACUAGUAUAGAAAUGGAGACCCAGGAAGUCUUUUUGGAGAAAAAAGGUGAUGAGGUAUCAUCACAUGUUGAAGUCCAAGGUGAAAUGAAUACAGUCCUCACCCAGCCUCAGGAUCAGGCCGUAUUCAUAUUGCCUGCACCUCUCCUAGAGGAUGCACAAGCCAUUCCUGUCCAUGGAACAUUGCUGGAAUUUUCUCUUCCUGAUAAUGAGUUUAUGGAGUCUUUCUCUGUGGAUCAUGAUGUGGAACUUCCAGAGCACAGACAUCAUCAGCAAGACUCUACUCAGGAGAAUAUUUUUGCAAUUCCAAAGGUUCCUAUGGAACAGCUGCUUGCUAAACCUUGCAUGACAGAAACAGAUGCUCCAUUGGAGGGGCUAAGUAAGGCUGAGUCACCUCCUUUGCCGACUGAGCUUAAUUCUGAACUUUGUGAGGAAUUAGCCAUUGAAUUGCAUAUUGCCACCAUACAAGAACUGCACAACUAUUCCAAAAUUCUUGAAGAAACCUCAGAAGUUGGUCUUCAGUCUCUGCCUGGAGCAACAUCUCCUAUGCAAAAGGAAGAUUUAUAUGAUAAGUCAGGGCAGGACUAUAUGAUAGGGCAUUCCUGUCAACGUUUAGUGGAAUCAGAAGUUAGUUCACCUGUUCAGACAAGCAUUGCUAAUCCAGUUUUUGCAGCUAAAGUUUCCAUAGUGGGAUCUGAAAUUUGUCAUGAUGUGAUACACAUUGAUAAAACAUGUGAGACUCCUUUGGAAGGGAAUGUUUCAGAUAUUAAUAGGAAUAUAAUUGCAAAUGGUGGUACCGGUGACCAGCAGAUCAAGGGUAAUGCUACUGAUUACAGGGCUAUACCAUAUGAAAGCCAAACUAAAAUUGCUGCUAGCACCGAUGGUAGUUCUGACUUCCACAGUGUUUCCAGUGCUAUAGAUGCAGAACCACAGAAGCCUUUAGCAGCCUUGUCAGCAUCAUCCAGUUCUCCCACCAAAAUGGGAAACUUAAUUCUUAAGCAUCGUUGCAAGGAAUGUAACAAAGAGUUCAGAGGUGGCAAUAUAAUGCGCCAUGCAGUGGCUCAUCUCCAGCGGGACAAGCUGAAGUGUAUGUUCUGCACAAAAGUAUUUAGAUCUCGUAUUAAAGCAAAGAGCCAUGUGACAGAACACAUUGAAAAAAUGAAAAAUGCCCCUAAUUGCAAUCCAGAUAAUGAUAUUGGAACUACUACUACUAGUAUUGAAGAUAUAGUUCUUCCAUAUAAAACAUUUAAUAAUGACGCUGAUGAUUUGAAUCAUCCCCAACAUUCAAACAAUUCAGGAGGUAAAAUGAAAGCCAACGGAGUUGUUGAAACUGGAAGUCAGCAAAGUGAAAAGGGAGAGUACUGCUGUCCUGCAGAUGGCUGCGAUAAGACAUUUGCCCGAGCAGAGUGGCCGCUGAUCAGGCAUGCCAUGAAAUUCCAUGCUGAUGAUGUGAAAGUCCAAGAAUACACAUUCUCUUUAAAGAAGGGAAACUGCCACUUCUGCAAGAGAAAGUUUCUUAGUUUGCCACAUUACCAGGACCACAUCAGAGGCCACAAUCAUCCACUCAAGCAUACUUGUCUCCAUUAUGAUUGUAAACAGCGGUUUAAGACCCAGACUGAGCUCAAGAGUCACAUGAAGAGCCAUCAACCACUCCAAGCACAGUGUAGCUUUGCAGGCUGUCUGAGGCGUUUCAGUCUCCUACGUCUAUUAUUUGAACACGAGGUGAAGCAUUACCCGCCUACCAAAGCAAAAGAUAAGACCCAGGACACGGUGUGGGUUGUCCGUGGGAAACGGGAAGAGUGUCAAGAUACCACUAACAGUGACUUGGUUUGGCGAGAACCUACAAAUUGUAAUAUUGAUAUAUUUGCUGGAGGUUGCAAAUCUAUCACAAAUUCCAUGGCAAUAAGCAAUGAAAAGCAAGAGCUGCAGGCACAGAAUGUAGAAGGGAUGCCUGUACUUGCUGAAGGUGUCAGCUGUACAGAGAACAAGGCUGCUGACAUACAACUUGUCAAUGGUCAUGGUAAAAAUGGGGGAGGGCUGGAUGUCUCGGCUCAAACUGAGGGCAAAACUGAGUGUCCCCAGGAAAGUGAACAAGAGGACAGACUAGGUAACGAAAGUGUAGAUGAUAAAACCCAAGCUGAAAGUACUGUCGGUCACCAGGAGCCUUGUCUGCCAGGUCAGAAAGCAGCCAAAUCUGGAGAACAGUCUGGCUAUGGGGGGACAUCCAACAGACCGUUUGUGCGUCUGCCGCCCUCAGCCUACUUGGAUGAGAAGUACAUCAGCAUGCCCAAGCGCAGGAAAUCUUCAGCAGUUCCCAGUCUAUCUUCUGUACAGCAGAGCAGCCCAAGUGAUAAAACCCCGAGGCAACGAUGUGCCAAGUGCUUCCUCAUCUUCAGUAGCGUAGAGGAGUUACAGAGUCACCACUCCUCAAACCAGUGUACAUCUCUGUUUGGCUUUGAUUCAGAUGAGGAAGGUAUGUGGUAAAAUACAGCCAAACUGGAGGUGUACAUGGUCUUCGUCUGGGUAGCAGGGGGACAUUGUGAUUUGCUGAUUUGGUCCGAAAGGCAAGGUAAUAUCAGACUGCUUUCUAAGCAGAUGCCCUUCAUGAAGACAUUUGGCAGGGCUUAUGGGAGUCCUGUUCUGUGAGAUGGAGCAAAUGUUCACUGUGAAAGCAGAAACACAAGGGGACACAGAAACUGCACCACUGCUGAAAGGUCCAUUUUGCAUCCAUUUUUUGACAAUACUAUGGAAGACACUAAUGUUUUUGAUGGCCUAACCUUGGCUUGUCAGGACACGUAAACUGUACUAAGUGCCUGGACCCAAAUACUCAACCCCCUGCUAUAUUUUAACAACAGUUGCCGGCUGUGACAACUAGUAUAUAUUGUAUGUAAAAAUAUUUUGGGCAAUUUUAUACAAACCUUGUAUUUUACUCUUUUUGUAUUAAUCUGAAAAAUACGUACAGAGUCCUGGUUAUCUGCUAUUCUGCAGUGGCUUGGCAAUUAUUCCAGAGUUCACUGACAUUGAACAUUUUGUUAAUCCUUUCUAGAGUGUCUCGUUUGAAGCUAUCAUACAACCCUGUCUCCAAAAAGUUGCGACACUGUGUAAAAUGUAAAUAAAAACAGAAUUCAUUGAUUUACAAAUCAUAUAAACCAAUAUUUGUAACUGAAAAUAGAAGAGACAUAUCAGAUACUAAAACUGAGAAAUGUUUUUGUUUUAUGACAAAUAUAUGCUCAAUUUUUGAGUUUGAUGCCAGCAACACAUUUCAAAAAAGCUGGGAUGGUGCAACUAAAGAUUGGAAUAGUUGUGUGCUCAAGCAAAACACCUGGUUGAAUGUCUCACAUCGAAUUAGAUUAAUUAGCAACAGGUUAAUAAGAUGAUUGGGUUUAAAAGAGCAUGCCGAAAGGGAGAGUCUUUGUGCAGUGAAGAUGGGAAGAGGUUCACUACUCUGUGAAAGACUGCACGGGCAAGUAGGUCAAGCAUUUAAGAAUAAUGUUCUUAAAUGUAAUAUUGCAGAGAGUUUGGGAAUUUCAUCAUCUCCGGUACAUAAUACCAUUAGAAGAUUCAGAGAAUCUGGAUAAAUCUCUGUACACAAGGGACAAGGCCUAAAACAAAUAUUGGGUAACCAUAACAUUCGGGUCCUAGGGCUGCACAACAUUAAAAACAGACAUGAUUCUAUAGUAGAAAUCACUGCAUGGUCUCAGGAACACUUCCAAAAGCAAGUAUCCACAAAUGCAGACUGAAACUCUAGCAUGCAAAGAAACGAUAUCUAAACAUCCUGAAAUGCUGCCGAUUUCUCUGGGCCUGUUCUCAUUUAAGAUGGCCUGAGGCAAAAUGGAAAACUGUCCUGUGUUCUUACGAAUCAAAAUUUCAAAUUUAUUUUUUUGGAAGUCAUGGAUUUCUGGACUAAAACUGGAUGGUGCCUCUCCUCUUAUCAGCGGACAGUAAAAAAGCCAGCAACCAUAAUGGCAUAGGAUGCAGUACUGUCCAUGUCUUGGGUAGCUUGCACAUUUGGGAAGGAACCAUUAAUACUGAUAUAUAUAUAUAGUGUGUAUGUGUUUUGGAGCAACGUAUGCUGCUAUCCAGACAACGUCUUUUUCAGAAAAGGCCUUGUAUAUCACAGCUGGACACUGCCAAACCUCAUUCUGCGUGUAUUACGCUAGCAUGGCACCGUAGAAGAGUCUACUACUGCUACUACUACUAGUACUACUACUACUAGACUGACCUGUCUGCUGAUCUGUCACCCACUGAAAACAUUUGGGCCAUCAUGAAACAAAAAAUAUGACAAAGGAAACCCCAAACUGUUGAGCAGUUGAAAUCCAAUAUCAGGUAAGAAUGGGACAAAAUUUCACACUCAGAACUCUAGCAACUGGAGUUUUGUUAAAAGCAGUAAUGCAGCUCCUGUCAACUUUUUUGAAACUUGUUGCCUGCAUCAAUGUUCAAAUUGAGCACGUAUUUGCUAUAAAACAACAAAACUACUCAGUUUCAAUAUUUUAAUGUCAUUGUUGUAUUUCCAAUUAAAUAUGGGUUUGUAUGAUUUGAGUCAUUGAUUCUUUUUUUUAUUUACAUUUUACGCAGCACCCCAAUUUUUUGUAAACGGUUGUAAUUAUAUUUAGAAGUCUGUCAAACAUGACUAUUGAUCUGAUGCUAGGAAUUUUUGUUUCCUGUUGUACUUUGUACUAAUAGUGCAUGAGUGAUAGGUGUGCUAGAGAUGUUAAUGAACCCUCCCCUCCCUUUUCUUUUUCUUUCCUAUGACGUCAUUAGUAUUGAAACAUUCUUAAAGAAUGAUAAUGCACAAAGUGUGUCAACCAGUGUUUUACAGGCAGUAGCAUCAGUAUAUUAAAUGAGUCUAAACCAUUGAUCACCAAAUGGUGGACCGAGGGGCGGCAUGGUGGUGCAGUGGUUAUCACUGUUGCCUCACACAUCUGGGACCUGGGUUCAAGUCUCCGCCUGGGUUACAUGUGUGUGGAGUUUGCAUGUUCUCCCCAUGUCAUCAUGGGGUUUCCUCUGGGUACUCCGGUUUCCCCCCACAGUCCAAAAACGUGCUGAGGCUAAUUGGAGUUGCUAAAUUGCCCAUAGGAGUGCAUGCGUGAGUGAAUGGUGGGUGAGUGUGCCCUGCGAUGGGCUGGCCCCCCAUCCUGGGUUGUUCCCUGCCUCGUGCCCAUUGCUUCCGGGAUAGGCUCCGGACCCCAGUGACCCAGUAGGAUAAGCGGUUUGGAAAAUGGAUGGAUGGAUGGUGGACCGAACCAUAAUUGAGUCCUCACAUCACAAUUGAUUGCACCCCCCAUCACACCUCAACAAAUUUUAUUGUCAACAAAGUUUAACGCUUUGAAGGAUGCAAUGGACAUUGAUUUUGUGAUGCUGGUGGGAUUUGGCCCUCACAGAACAAUAGUUGAGGUCUCCUGACCGAGACAUGAUCAGGCUUUAGCUGCAUUUGUAGAUUAUACUUUUUCAUAAUAAAUGCAAUGCGUGUCUUGAACUUGGCAUACAGCAAAAGGUUUCACUAAAGAGCUUUGUCGGUUUUUUUCCUUUAAUACCUUUGAUUGUAAAAUUAAUAUGUGAAUUGGACAAAGACAUAUAUCUCAUUUUUUUUUUUGCUGUUAAUAUCAAUUUAAUAACUGCAUCUAAAUACAUUUGUCCAGUUCUUAGCUGAUUUGCUUAACCUGUCCAAACUACCAGAUUUGAUUUUCAGGUCCAUUCUACAGUAUUUACUAUGCCUGCAUGUGGCAAGGCUAUGUUUGUAGAAUAAUUUAAAAAUAACAAAAAUCU